UCACUAAAUCAACAUCCGAAUAAAUGGUCUGCACUGUAACUCGUUUUAUAAUUCUCUUGAAUUAUUUCAUCUUAGCAAUGUGAAAUGUCAUAAUAAGGUGCUUGAAACGGUUACUAUGGAGAUGUAGUUAAUGAAAUACAUAUGGGCCUGAAGUGAACCAUGACUGACCUGUUCCACGUUCUAUUAAAUGGUUUUGGAUCUGAGAAGAAAAUGUUAGAAGCUGUUACAACUAAGGAUGUGGACGUUGUCUGUGACCUAAUUCAGAAUGGUUUUAAUGUCAACUCGAAGUUACAGCGACAGGGAGGUAACUCUGCUUUACACCUGGCAUCUCAGCUUGGUGACGUGCAUCUUGUGAAAUAUCUAUUGAAAGCUGGCGGGGAUCCCAUGUUGAAGAACGAUUUAAAUUCUACGCCAAUUAUUUUAGCUGCACGGAAUCAACAUGUUGAAUGUUUAGAAAUUUUGAUUAAGUCAGCCAAAAACUUGCUAGGGAUCGAGUCGCUAUGGUUACAAUAUAACGGAUCCAUAUUUCUGUGGAAGGAAUCGACGGAAAAUAUUAUUUAUUGUUUUAUUUGUGCCACACCCGAUUUGCGUCAGUUACGAAGCAACACUCAACAAAAUCUGUUUUUUCUCUGUGUUGACAAAAAGAUGUACCGAUGUUUGCGACUUUGGGUCAUUUUAGGGAACAGUCUCGCAUCAAAUCAGUUCGCAUAUUUAAAUUCUGAAGACGACAAACUUUAUGUUGAUUGGGUGAAAGGUUUCGAACGAGAAGUGAAAACGCUACAGCAUUACUGCAGUUUGGCUCUUCGGCGAGCUUUUCAUAAUAAAUGUAAUGUUUUUUACGGAGUGGAAUAUCUGCCGUUACCAAAAGGAUUAAAAGAAUUUAUUAUUUGGAAAUAAUUUUCUGAUGCAAUUUGUGAAAUUAAAUCAGUGUGGCUUUGUUUCUAAAUUUAAAUCACUUGUUUUUAUUCAACUCUCAAAAAUAUUAAUGCUAGGUUCCAACUAUCACCUUUCGGGCUACGAUUGAAAUUGUUGUUUUAAUUGUAGAGUAAUGGUGAUCCUAUCAAGUCUAUACCAGAUCGUUGCCUCAUCGCAUGACAGCGGGAACCUAGCAUGAGUCUCUGAUCAUCAUCUGAAGGAUGUUAAAUCUAUUGCUAACUAGAAUAAUGUGGAAGUGGGAUCUCCAGAAGGAAUAUCAGUGCAAAAAUGGUUCCGUUCCAUUCAGUAUUUAUAGAGAUAUAAUAAAUUAAAAAUUUCACAAUAUUCAGCAUCCUCUAAAGAAGCUUGCAUCAGAAGGUCUCAAGAUUAUCUUGAUUGCCAAGUACCAAGUAUUUUUAAAUUUUACAUAGCGAGCGGGUUCUAAUCCACUAAAUAUCUAAGCCAUCCGAUAUUCUAGAUAUUUGAUUAUAGUUAUACGCUUGUCAUGUUAAUAAAUGCCUUAUUAAUAGUUUAUAAUAACAGAAAAAGACCUGCAGUAGGCAGAUUUAGCUCUUACAUAAUGUAUCUUUAAAGUUUGAAAUUUAUGUAAUGCAUAUUAAUAUCAAUAUUAUUUAAAUGUUAGCAUAAUAUAUAAGCAUUGUCUGUGCUAACAGGUGCCCUAAUUCCAGGAUUCAUUAGGCUAUAAUUUAUUAUAACAAGUAUUACAAUAUGGAUCAGGUAUCGAGUUGCAGACAUCUCAAUUUUAGGUAGCCUUGAUCAACAUUACUAUCAUUGUUACGACAAUAAAAAAUGUCUUGAUUAUCCUUUUUUGCGGUUUAUCUUCAAUGGUCGUUGGAUGACAGAUUGGAUUCAAAUCUAGUUAAAAUCAGACCCAUCAGAUGGCAUCGAGAGUUGAUUAUGGUCUUGUCAUGUCAAUACAUGUCUAAUUAAUAAUUUAUAUAACUUUUAAGACCUAAAGAAAGACCUGCAAUAGGCAGAUUUAUCUCUUGUAUAAUGUAUGUUUAAUAAGAUUGACAUAAUCUUAUGUGAUAAGUGUUACUAUGUUUAUUAAAGACCCUAUGCAUGACUUUAGCACGCUAGAAUCCCUUGCAAACUACAAUAUUGUAAACGUUUAAUCUCUAAUAGGAAUAUCAAUCAUAAAAUUGAGUACAUAUUAGUAUGGAGUAAGGCUAUUAUCUGUGAGAAAUUUGAUAUUUUCUGGAAAAUGCACAUCUUGUAUCGUUGCUUUUGUUUUAAAUGUCUGUGUAUUUCAUUCUUCCAUUUCACUGUGAUAAUCAUUAUAAGCAUAUCAAAUUUUAUUUCUUUAUUUAUAAAAAUUAUAUAAUUUACAUAUUGUGUAUUCUCAUCAACUUGUUUUCAAAUAGAUAAUUAUAUAUAUUCAUAAUAAAUAUAACAAGUAUUAGCAUACUAGUGACGAGGAAUUAAAGCAUGAUGUCAUGGCGGCCAUGUUGGAAUUGUGACAUUAUAUCAAAUAUCAAUGUCCAUAAAUCGAUGUACAAUGUCUUACUCACUGAGACAUAGAGAGAGAUAUGGGGUUUAACGUCCACUCGCAAUAAACUAGGUCAUUUUGGGACUUAAACAUGGUUCAAUUAUAUUUCAAAUAAUUUGCUUGUGUGUAGGGGCCUUUAGCAAAGGGAGGAAACCAGAGGGCCCGGAGAAAAUCCACGAGGUUUGACAGGCAACCUUACUCUUUUCCUUGUCCCAUACAACCAGGGAUUCGUAACCAUGCCAGUUGACUCAAUGACAGAUCUUAUGAUACAGUGCGCACAUACUAACCAUUCGACCCCCCCCCCCUUACUCACUGAGCCACACCGUCUUCUAAAUAAGACUGAAGAUGGAGCUAAACAGUAGAUUCCUCUAAACAUCCAUAAACUUGUACCUUGUGUGUAUUUCAGUAUAUUGUAAUAAUUAUUGUGUAUGCUGCAUAAUGUGAUAUGUCAAAUCAAAAGUUAUAUAGGUUAUUAGAUAUUUAUAAAUAUUUAUAUUUCUUUGUUUGAUUUUCAAAUAUUGAUUAUUUUAGAUCAAUAAAUUUGUGAUGUGAAUUAUUAAAGUAUGAUUAU